AUGAAUAAAACGAACGAUUUACUAAGCAAAGAAAAAGUGGUGCAAUCCGUCGUGAUCGCCGAUACUUUCACCGACGAAUUCAUUCCCAUAUCGAACGACAUUCCUCACGCGCUCCUAUCGAUGCUCAACAAACCGCUAAUCGACUACACGUUGGAAUUUCUCUCCCUCGGAGGCAUCGAAGAGGUCUUUUUGUUCUGUUCGAAUCGAAGCGAACUUAUCAAACAACACAUCGAUAAAUGCAUCGCAAAAGGGGAAGGUUGGAGUUUAACGAUGAAAGUUCAUAUCAUCGUAUCGGAGUCCUGUCAAUCAUUCGGGGAUUGUCUUCGAGAUUUGGAUGCUAAAGGGUUGCUUCGAUCCGAUUUCGUUCUAUUAGAACCAGGGGUUUUAUCGAACGUACCGUUGUUGACUUUACUCGAGAAGCACCGGGACAUCAUGAAGCUGGAUAAAUAUGCUACGAUGACAAUCGUUCUGCAAGAAUCCGGAGUGGGUCAUCGAGGAAGAGGAUCGGAGGAUUUAGUACUAGCCGCAGACUCGCAGAAUCGAAUUUUAUUCUACAAUAAAUCCACUAAAAAUCGAUCGAAAAAAAUCGAAUUCCCGCUGGAGAUGUUCUUGGAGAACCCGAGCUUGUCGAUAUUGCACAACGUCCGAGACACUCGCAUAGCCAUUUGCUCGGCCUCGGUCCUGCCUUUAUUCAGCGACAAUUUCGAUUUUCAAACCAAAGACGACCUUAUCAGAGGGUUAUUAAUGGACGAAGAGAUACUAGAAGGUACGAUUUACGCUCAUGUGCUUCGCGGGAACCAAUUCGGGGGAGCCGUAGCUUCGUGGGGAACCUAUCGAUCACUCAGCCAAGAAUUGAUGCAGAAAUGGAUCCAUCCUUUGAACCAACCGCGUCAAAAGAAUAGAAUUUUGAAGAAUAAUACGGUAAUCGGAGCUUGUUCGAAGGUGUCUAAUACCGCUAAGUUAUCCAGCUCGGUGCUCGGAUUGAAUUUAUUAAUCGGAAACAAUGUUAUAGUAGAAGAUAGUUUUGUGUUCUCCGAUGUAAAAUUAGAAGAUAAUGUAAUUAUAAAACGCUCCAUAAUAGGGCCUGGAUGUAUAAUAAAAACCGAUUGUACACUAACCGGUUGCGUGUUAGGACAAGACACCGUUUUGGAGAAAUCAACGUGUAUAGAAAACGGCCUUUUACAAAGCUCUACACCGGAUAACGAAUCGUUCGAGAAGUUAUCGAACAAAGCUUACAAGUUACUAGAAGAUGAUGAUUCGAAUAAAUCCCACAGAUUAUUCGUUAGUGAUGAUGAAGAAGAUGAUGAUGAAGAAGGAUUCAGCGAAAGCGAAGAUGAGUUAUCCUACACGCAAUCGCCGGUGCCCGACGACACGAAACUAUUCUUUACGGAGGUGAUCGAUAGCCUUACGAGAGGUUUCGAUGACAAUUUGGUUUGCGAAAAUCUGAUUUUGGAAAUUAAUUCGUCGCGGUACGCUUAUAAUGUCACUUUAAAAGAGGUGAAUUUCAACGUAGUAAGAGCCAUUUUGUUGAUAUCUUUAAGAGAACCAAUCGGUGUGCAAUAUUUCUCACAUUUAUCGCGUUUAUUAUCCUAUUUCGCACCCGUUUUGAAGAAUUAUUUGCGUAACGAGAGCGCCAUGUUGGAUUCCCUACAAGCCAUCGAGGAUGUAGUUUCGUCCGGUGAGAAUAUAAAAGAGAAAUGGGUGAUAGCGGUGCUUCAGCACAUGUACAAUAAAGAUUAUCUAGCCGAAGAGGUGAUUCUGGAUUGGUUCAGGAACCUGGAAAAUUCCGGAGAUUUGUAUAAGCGAGUGAAACCGUUCGCUGAUUGGCUGGAAGAAGCCGAAGAAGCUUCUAGUGAUGAAGAUGAUGAUGAAGGGAGCGAUUAA